GCCGAGGGCCGGCGCCGGUGGAGGCGGGAACGCUCGAGUGGGGCCGGGCCGCCAUGGACAGGUGAGUAGCGGCGGCGGCGGCGGUGGGGCUGCGGGUUCCCGGCUGUCCUCCACCGUCACCGGCACCGGGCGGGUUAAGGGUGGCGGCGCCGCGUGGCCCUGUCGGGCAGCGGGGCCCUCCGUGCGGCUGAGGCCUCCCCGCGGCUCUGGGCGAACGCCGGCCCCGCUGCCCGUUCCCGGGCCGGGCGGCCGUGAAGCGACCUCGUCCUUCCCAGCGGCCCUGCUCAGCCGGGCGGGUGGUCUGGCGGGGCGGAGCAGAACACAGUGACGCUACAACCGCUUGCUGAGGGUUCCCAACAGCUCCUCACUGGGGUUUGCAUCUCUGGUAGUUUUUUUUUUUCCUGGCAAACUCCGUUUCCUGGGAUGCUAAGCAAUGCUGGAUGGCAUCCAGAGGAACCUGGGCGGGCUAAAGAGAUGGACCCGUGCCAGCCUCACAAAGUGCAGUGGAAUAGUAGUAUUACGUUGUGUUUAUGUAAGAUUUAGAUUAAACUUGAUAGUAUUGAGUUGGGUUUUUUUUUUUUUUUUUUCCUCUUACAUGUUUUUUUUUUUUUUCUGCUGUUCAUUCUGGGGCAAAGAAGACCGAGGAGAGGAUCUCAUUAAUGUUUAUAAAUGCCUAAAGGGAAGUGGAGGUGGGAGGCAAAUGGGUGAGGCCAAGUUCUUCUCAGUGGUGUGGUGAUAGGACAAGGAGCAGUGGCCUAAAACUUGAGCAUAGGAAGUUCCGUACUAAUAUGCAAAAGAACUUCUUUAUGGUAUGAGUGACGGAUCAUUGGAACAGAUUACCCAGAGAUAUUGUGGAGUCUCCUGUGGAGAUAUGUGAGACCAUCUGGACACCUACCUGUGCGACCCUGUGAGAAACAGUUUUGGAGAGGUACUGUCGCCCCUCAGUACAGAGAUGGCCAAGUCUGGCCGAAAACAAAGCUCUCAGAAAAGAGUUUCCAUUCUUACAUCCCUGGAUGACAGUAUUGGAAGUAUGACACCCAGAGGCCAGGUGAUUCCCCGAACUCCCAGUUCGUUGUUUCGCCAGCCAUUUACUGCACUAUCUCGAAGCUCUCUGAAACAGACAGACAUAUCUACCAUCCUGGGUGCAGCAGGGAAAUCUCCUCUGAUUCUGCAGAAUUCUGGUCUGCUCGGCAAUCAGUCAAUGUUGGAUGAAAGUAACUGGACAGCAAUGCUCUCACCUCAGCAGACAGGAAUGUUUGCAAAUCUAGACUUGACAGAAGAUGUCACCACAAGUGCUGUACUGUUGCGUGAGGAUGAUCCUGGGGAAGCUGCUACUAUGAGCAUGUACUCAGAUUUUCUGCAAUCCUUCCUGAAACAUACAUCAACUACCAUUUUCGAUCUUGUGGAUGAGUACGAAAGUAUAUGUAAUAAUCAGGUGAAUAUACUGGGGAAGAUAGUUUACAGAGCAACUCCUGGACAGCAGAAGUUUUCAAAAACUGCCAGUGUCUUGUGGCUUCUCAAGCAGGAGAUGGUAACGUGGAGGCUGUUGUCCUCACUUUAUAGAGACAGAAUACAAUCUGCACUGGAAGAUGAAACUGCCUUUGACAUCACAGUGUUAAAUGCAAGUGAAAAGACAAGUGUAGACAACUUGUUUCAGAAAGAUGCACUUGUUCGACAAAGCCAGCUGGUGGUAGAUUGGCUAGAGAGCAUCGCCAAGGAUGAAAUUGGGAACUUCUCUGAUAAUAUUGAGUUUUAUGCAAAAUCUGUAUAUUGGGAGAAUACGCUACAUAUCCUGAAGCAGAGACAGUUAAGUACAUACAUUGGAAGUUCUCGACCUCUGGUAACAGAGUUGGAUCCAGAUGCUCCCAUAAGACAGAAACUGCCACUUGAUGAUUUGGAUCGAGAAGAUGAUGCAAGAUUACUGAAGUAUCUCUUCACUCUUAUCAGAGCAGGGAUGACAGAUGAGGCACAACGCUUAUGCAAACGAUGUGGUCAGGCCUGGAGAGCUGCAACUUUGGAAGGAUGGAAAUUGUAUCACGAUCCCAACAUAAAUGGAGUAGGAAACGAGGUACAGCCUGUUGAAGGGAAUCCAUACAGAUGCAUUUGGAAAAUAUGUUGUUGGCGUAUGGCUGAAGAGGAGCAAUUUAACAGAUACGAGAGAGCAAUCUAUGCAGCACUCAGUGGAAACCUCAAGCAGCUUCUUCCAGUUUGUGACACCUGGGAGGACACUGUUUGGGCAUAUUUUAGGGUCAUGGUGGAUACACUUGUGGAGCAGGAAAUACGAACAUCAGUAGUAACUACAGAGGAGGUGGAAGAGCUCCCUAGAGAGUAUUUAGAAACCAACUGGACUACAGAAAGAGUGUUUGAAGAACUUCAGGCAACAGACAAAAAGAGAGUUAUAGAGGAGAACCAAGAACACUAUCGUGUGAUUCAGAAAUUCAUUAUACUGGGAGAUGUGGAUGGUCUGAUGGAAGAGUUCAGCAGAUGGCUUUCCAAAGACAGAAGUGUGCUGCCAGGGCACCUCCUUCGCUUCAUGACACAUCUUAUUCUGUUUUUCCGCACUUUGGGCCUGCAAACUAAGGAGGAAGUUUCUGUUGAAGUCCUGAAGACCUACAUUCAGCGGAUGAUAUCAGAGAAGCACACAGACUUAAUAGCAUUUUAUGUUAGCCACCUGCCCCCAGAGCUGGCUGUUGUCCAGUAUGCUCUGUUCCUGGAAGACGUUACUGAAAGCGAUCAACGCCACCACUGCCUUGAAUUAGCAAAAGAAGCAGGCCUGGAUGUUGCAGCCAUAACGAAAACUGUUGUUGAGAACAUCCGCAAGAAGGAUGCUGGGGAUUUCAGUCACCAUGAUCAUAUGUUAGACACAGGCACAACAGAGGCAGAUCGGCUGAAAAUAGACGUGAUUGACUGGCUCGUAUUUGAUCCUGCACAGAGGGCUGAAGCACUCAAGCAAAGCAAUGCUAUCAUGAGGAAGUUCUUGGCAUCCAAGAAGCACGAAGCUGCAAAAGACGUGUUUGUAAAGAUUCCUCAAGACUCUAUAGCAGAAAUAUAUAACCAAUGGGAAGAACAGGGAAUAGAAGCCUCUCUUCCAGCUGAAGACGACAAUGCCAUAAGAGAACAUUUAUGUAUACGGGCAUAUUUGGAAGCCCAUGAAAUCUUCAAUAAAUGGUUUCAACACAUGAACUCGGCUCCACAGAAGCCACCUUUGUUGCCACAAGCAAGUUUCACUGAAAAAGUGGCCCAUGAACAUAAAGAAAAAAAGUACGAGGUGGACUAUGGUAUCUGGAAAAGUUUCUUGGAUGGUCUUACAAGUGAUGUCAAGGAGAAAAUGUACAAUGUGUUGCUGUUUGUUGAUGGAGGAUGGAUGGUUGAUGUUAGAGAGGAUGCUGAAGAGGACCCCGAACGAACGCAUCAGAUGAUUCUGCUGCGAAAGCUGUGUCUGCCAAUGAUGUGCUUCUUACUGCACACGGUGCUGCAUAGUACUGGGCAGUACCAGGAGUGCCUGCGGCUGGCUGACAUGGUGGCAUCUGAGCGACACAAGCUCUAUUCGGUAUUUUCAAAAGAAGAACUCCGAAAAUUCCUACAGAAGCUGAGGGAAUCCUCUCUGAUGCUGCUGGACCAGGACCUCGAUCCCUUGGGAUAUGAAAUUCAGUCUUAGAAUUUCCUGUAGGUAUCUGCAAAAACUUCUGAACGUGAAACCCGGACGCUUCGAUCCGCUGUGGUUCGUCGUGUAAUCUGUUCUGAUCUUUGUUCCAAGGAACGCAGCUGCACAGAUUUCACUUCUGAAGCCCUGACCGACGUGAGAGGAUAUUUGUUACGGUCUCUUUUGUCACUUUUUUUCUUUUUUUUCUUAAUAAAUGUGAUUUACAAACA